UGUGAGGGAGAGAGAGAAGGAGGGAGAGUUUCUGAGUGAUGGAAGAUGAGCAUGGAAACGGUUUGAUCUCUCCCUCGCUGUCAGCAGUCAGUUCAGCUCCCUGUCAGAUAAUGGGAUUCUGGGAAUACUUGGGCGCUCCGCAGCCUUAUAAAGAGGGAGCAGGGAGCACUGCCGGGAAGCACACAGAGAGCCGGGACAGGGGACAGAGACAGGAUCAUCCUCCAGGAGACCCACAGCACCGGGACAGGGGACAGAGACAGGAUCAUCCUCCAGGAGACACACAGCACCAGGACAGGGGACAGAGACAGGAUCAUCCUCCAGGAGACACACAGCACCAGGACAGGGGACAGAGACAGGAUCGUCCUCCAGGAGACACACAGCACCGGGACAGGGGACAGAGACACGAUCGUCCUCCAAGAGACAGACAGACAGACAGACAGUUCACUGGUCUCAUGGUUCCUCUCAGGGUUCUGCUGGCAAUGCUCGCCCUGACUCCUCCCCCAACCCCCCUGGUGCACUGCGCCACACACACGGAGGCUGCACCGAAGAGUGGGACUGUGUUUGUGUCGGAGGCGCUGAGGAGAGCCGAGGAGAGAGUGAACACAGCGUACACACGAUCCAGAGAGAGGACGAAGGCUGCCCUGGACGAAGGCUCGCUCAGCCCCAGUGACCUCCUGACCCUGUUCAAGCAGCCGGCCCCUGAGACGCGGUCAGCCGUGCGCGCGGCCGAGCUUCUGGACAACACUGUGGAGAUCAUCCGGCAGAUGGUGUACACCCAGGAGAUGGAGCUGAAGAACAUCACGGAGCUGCUGACCCCCCAGGACCUGCAGGCGCUGGCCGAGGCGACGGGCUGCUCCACUCAGACCCGCCCCCCCCACUGCGGACUCUCCUGCCUCGAUAGCAAGUACCGCAGCAUCACCGGAGCCUGUAACAACCGGAAGUUUCCUCUGUGGGGCGCCUCGAACACGCCCUACGCGCGCUGGCUGCCUGCGGAGUACGAUGACGGCUUCUCUCUGCCACGCGGCUGGAACUCAGAGAAACUGCACCAUGGCUUCACCCUGCCACCGGUGCGUCGCGUGUCUCACGAGGUGCUGUACACACGGAACGAGAACAUCUCAUUGGACGAGAGCUACUCCCACAUGCUGGUGGAGUGGGGCCAGUGGAUCGAUCACGACCUCGACCUGACCCCGCAGAGCGCCAGCACUGCAGCCUUCCACAGCGGGGUUGACUGCUCUCGAUCCUGCACCCAGCGCAGCCCCUGCUUCCCAAUACAGAUCCCUGAGGAUGACCCUCGCUCCUGUGGGGAGGUGGAAUGCAUGCCGUUCUUCCGCUCAGCCCCUGCGUGUGUUGGCGGCGGGGAGGGUCAGUUGGGUCUGGUCGGGCUCCUGUCCGGUCGGCUAGGCCCGAGGGAGCAGCUCAACAGCAUCAGCUCCUUCGUGGACGCCAGCGUGGUGUACGGCAGCUCUGCCCCCCUCGCCAUGGCCCUGCGAAACCAGUCCUCCCAGCGCGGCUUGCUCGCUGUCAACCAGCAUGCCUCGGACCAGGGCCUCGCCUACUUGCCCUACCUGCAGAGCGGCCACCAGGACCCCUGCAGCCGACCCCGCAACGACAGUGCUGAUGAGCCAGCCAGCAACACCACCUCCUGCUUCAAAGCAGGUGAUUCCCGUGCGAAUGAGCACUUGGGAAUGCAGGCUCUCCACACCCUGUUCCUCAGGGAGCACAACCGACUGGCGUUGGAGCUGGGAAAGCUGAACCCCCACUGGAGCGGAGAGACCAUCUACCAGGAGACCCGCAAACUGCUGGGAGCCGUGCACCAGGUGCUGACGUGGAGAGAUUACCUCCCUCGUAUCCUGGGCCCUGACUCCUCCCCCAGGCUCCUCCCCCCCUACGCUGGGUACCGCCCCCUCGCUGACCCACGCAUCGCCAAUGUGUUCGCCACUGCCGCCUUCCGAUUCGCUCACGUCACCAUCCAACCACAGCUCUUCCGACUGGACCAGAACUACUCGCAGAGCCCCGCCCACCCCAGCAUCCAGCUCCACCAAUCAUUCUUCUCCUCCUGGAGGCUGGUGCACGAGGGAGGAGUGGACCCACUGAUCCGAGGGCUGGUUCUGAACCCGGCCAAGCUGCAGACUCAGACCCAGAUGAUGCCGGAGGAGCUGACAGAGAGGCUGUUCCAGGCCCAGGGGGCACUGUCCCUCGACCUGGCCUCCCUCAACCUGCAGAGGGGCCGGGACCAUGGGCUGCCAGGGUACAAUGCCUGGCGCCGGCUGUGUGGUCUGUCGGCCCCCCGCGAUGUCUCGGAGCUGGGGUCCGUGCUCAGCAGCCCCUCCCUGGCGGAGAAGCUCUCCGCCCUCUACGGGACCCCCGAAAACAUUGACGUGUGGAUCGGAGCCAUCUCGGAGCCCCUGCUGGGGGGGGCGCGGGUUGGGGCAUUGCUCGCCUGCCUGCUGGGGAGGCAGUUCAAGGCGCUACGCGACGGAGACAGGUUCUGGUGGGAGAGGGAGGGCGUGUUCUCUGCUGCUCAGCGUUCGGAGCUCCGCAGGGUGUCUCUCUCACGCAUCAUCUGUGACAACACGAGAAUCCAGCGCCUUCCCCGUGACGUCUUCAACAGGAACCAGUACCCACAGGACUUUGUGUCAUGUGACAGCGCGGCCAUCCCUCGACUCCACCUGUCAGCCUGGAGGGAGGAGACCGACGACCCGCAGUGUGGUGCGCUCCCCCGUGUCGAUCAUUCCUUCUCUGUUCGUUGUCGGCACUCCGUGUUCUUCGAGUGUCACCCCGGUUACCGCCUAGAAGGGCCGGCCUCCAUGACCUGUGACCCCGAGCGAGGGGAGUGGAGUCAGCCAACCCCCAUCUGCCAAGACACAGGAAGUGGACCCCCCCGCGUGACCUACAUCAUUACCGCGGUGAUCGUUGUGAUUGGCAGUGCCGCGCUAAUCUCCCUGCUGGUCACAUGUCAUAGAAGGUUCUCAGAGAAGAGACGGAGGCCCCUGAUUGGUGGACAGUGUAAGGGGGGCUGCCCUGGACCGGAAGGUGGACCGGACAGCACAGGAGGACUCCACUGAGGGCUAUAGGAAAGAGAACUCCACUCAGCACUGCAGAGCUGUAUAGAGGGCUAUAGGAAAGAGAACUGUACACUGCAGAGCUGUAUAGAGGACUAUAGGAAAGAGAUUUUAACUCCUCAUCUCCUCUCAUUAGUGGGGACUCUUUUUUUGCGCUGAUAAAGUUCAACCCAUUGAAUUAAAUCUGUAACUGUUUUAAAUCUUACUUUCUUGUAUUGUUUAAAUUUUAAAUAAAACAAAUUAAUUAAAAACAAAAGCAGCUUGUUAGUCUACAGCUCUUUCAGUUCCUUAAAUAAAACGAACAAACCAAAAAACACACAACCCCACCCUGUCCACACAAGCCAGCAGCAAACUCCCCUCUUCCACACACACACACACACAA